UCAGACUCGUACAUGUCCCGGUCCACAUUACCCGCCUAUUUCUGACCUUUUGAGUCCGGUUCAAGUUGUUUAACGCAAGAACGUGUUGCUUGCGCCCGUCUAGGUUCAUCUUUAUGUCGCUUCUUUCUUUCGUUUUUCUUUUUUGUUGUCUUCUUCCAAGAUCGCUUCCCAGAAUGGUUGGAAUAAAAGGCUGUGCAAGAGCCCCAAACGAAGACAAACAGCGCUUUUCCAUUCCACCGAUCGAUCUGGAUAUUGAUUCCUCCAUCGAGAGAUUUGCAUGAUCCUGUAGUUUCUAAGAAAGCAGAACAAAAAAAUGGGGAGCAUCAAGGAAGAGAAAUUCAGGUUUUGCAUUGAUAGGGGAGGAACAUUCACAGACAUCUAUGCAGAAGUCCCAGGCCAGUCAGACUGCUGCGUGAUGAAGCUUUUAUCAGUGGACCCAUCAAACUAUGAUGAUGCUCCCAUUGAAGGGAUUCGAAGGAUCCUAGAAGAGUAUACCGGUCAGAAAAUCCCACGGUCUUCCAAGAUUCCCACAGACAAAAUUGAGUGGAUUCGAAUGGGCACCACUGUUGCUACAAAUGCUCUUCUGGAGCGAAAAGGUGAGAGGAUUGCUCUUUGUGUGACUGGGGGCUUCGGAGACUUGCUUCAGAUUGGAAACCAAGCUCGGCCGAACAUCUUCGACCUCAUGGCCUCAAAGCCCUCGAACCUCUAUGAGGAAGUCAUAGAGGUGGAUGAGAGAAUUGAACUUGUGUUGGAUAAAGAGGACUCUUCUUCUUCUAUAGAAGGAAUAUCUGGGGAGCUUAUCAGGGUGGCAAAGCCUCUGGAUGUAGAAGCACUAAAACCUUCACUAAAAGGUCUCCUUGAUAAAGGGAUAAGCUGUUUGGCUGUUGUGCUGUUGCAUUCGUACACUUACCCUCAUCAUGAAAUCUUGGUUGAGCAGUUAGCUUUGAGUAUGGGUUUCAGGCAUGUCUCUCUGUCAUCAGCUUUGACUCCCAUGGUUCGUGCUGUGCCCCGAGGUCUGACAGCUAGUGUUGAUGCCUAUCUGACUCCAGUCAUUAAGGAGUACUUGUCAGGCUUCAUGUCAAGAUUUGAAGGGGGUGCUGAGAAGAUGAAUGUAUUGUUUAUGCAAUCAGAUGGAGGCCUUGCACCAGAACAAAGCUUUUCUGGGCACAAAGCAGUUCUUUCAGGUCCUGCAGGAGGGGUUGUUGGCUACUCACAAACCCUCUUUGGGCUGGAAACAUCUAAACCACUGAUUGGGUUCGACAUGGGUGGCACAUCCACUGAUGUAAGCCGCUAUGAUGGAAGCUAUGAGCAAGUUCUCGAAACCCAGAUUGCUGGGGCUAUAAUACAAGCACCUCAGCUUGACAUAAACACUGUUGCUGCUGGUGGUGGUUCUAAGUUGAAAUUUCAAUUUGGAUCCUUCCGGGUAGGACCUGAAUCAGUUGGGGCACAUCCUGGUCCUGUUUGUUACAGGAAAGGUGGGGAAUUAGCUGUUACAGAUGCUAAUUUGAUAUUGGGGACUGUUAUUCCUGACUACUUCCCAUCCAUCUUUGGCCCUAAAGAGGAUCAGCCUUUGGACAUAGAAGCCACAAGAAAAGCAUUUGAGAAGUUAUCUGUUGAAAUAAAUUCUUACAGGAAAAGCCAGGACCCUUCAGCAAAGGUUAUGACGGUGGAGGAGAUUGCUCUUGGAUUUGUGAAUGUGGCAAAUGAAACAAUGUGCCGACCUAUACGUCAGCUAACUGAAAUGAAGGGGCAUGAAACAAGAAACCAUGCACUGGCUUGCUUUGGGGGUGCAGGUCCCCAGCAUGCAUGUGCUAUUGCCAGGUCACUAGGCAUGUCUGAAGUCGUUAUCCACCGGUUUUGUGGGAUAUUGAGUGCUUAUGGAAUGGGCUUGGCUGAUGUUGUUGAAGAGGCACAGGAGCCAUAUUCUUCUGUUUAUGGUCCAGAUUCUGUGCUCGAGGCGUCUCGAAGAGAGGCUGCUCUGUUAACACUAGUAAAACAAAAGCUGAAAGAACAGGGUUUUAGAGAUGAAAGCAUCAAGACAGAGUCUUAUUUAAACUUGAGAUAUGAGGGAACAGAUACGGCCAUCAUGGUUAAAAAACCAAAGGAAGAUGGGAAUGAUUAUGCUUCUGAGUUUGUAAGGCUGUUUCAGCAGGAGUAUGGAUUCAAACUACAAAACAGGAAAAUCCUUAUCUGUGAUGUGAGGGUUCGAGGUAUUGGAGUCACCAACAUCUUGAAGCCUCGAGAACUUGAACCAGCUUUGGCAAAUCCUGUAGCAGAAGGUUCUUAUAAGAUAUACUUUGGUAACGGGUGGCAAGACACACCAUUAUUCAAGCUUGAGAAGCUGGGUUAUGGGCACGUCUUGCGAGGCCCUGCAAUAAUCAUGAAUGGGAACAGUACGGUGAUUGUCGAACCUGACUGCAGAGCCAUCAUUACCAAGUAUGGUAACAUAAAGAUUGAGGUUAGCUCAGCCCCAAGCACCGUAGAGAUUGCAGACAGGGUUGCGGAUGUGGUGCAGCUUUCUAUAUUCAACCAUCGGUUCAUGGGCAUUGCUGAACAGAUGGGUCGGACCCUUCAAAGAACUUCUAUUUCAACAAACAUAAAGGAGAGGCUGGAUUUUUCUUGUGCUUUGUUUGGCCCAGAUGGAGGACUUGUUGCAAAUGCACCUCAUGUCCCCGUGCACCUCGGGGCCAUGUCAAGCACAGUGUGUUGGCAACUCAAAUAUUGGGGUGAAAACCUCUAUGAAGGAGAUGUUUUGGUAGCUAAUCAUCCUUGUGCAGGAGGAAGCCAUCUGCCUGAUAUAACUGUGAUUACUCCGGUCUUUGAUAAUGGCAAGCUGGUAUUUUUUGUGGCAAGCAGAGGGCACCAUGCAGAAAUUGGUGGGAUAACUCCAGGAAGCAUGCCACCCUUCUCAAAAGCUAUAUGGGAGGAAGGUGUGGCCAUUAAAGCAUUCAAGCUUGUUGAAAGAGGUGUCUUUCAAGAAGAUGGAAUCAUUCAUCUUCUUCAGACACCUGGUUGGGAUGAACAUUCGUGUCAUAAGGUCCCAGGGACCCGUAGGCUUCAGGAUAAUAUGUCUGAUCUUCGAGCCCAAGUGGCAGCAAACCAGAGGGGAAUCACACUUAUAAAAGAACUCAUUGAUCAAUAUGGUCUGAAUACUGUUCAAUCCUACAUGACCCAUGUUCAGAAAAAUGCUGAACAUGCUGUGAGGGAAAUGCUCAAAGUAGUUGCUGGUAGAGUUGAACAAGAAAAAGGGUCUGCUGUUAUCGAAGAAGAAGACUAUAUGGAUGAUGGAUCUGUUAUCCACCUUAAGCUCAGCAUUGAUGUCAAGAAGGGUGAAGCUACUUUUGACUUUGAAGGGACAAGCCCAGAAGUUUAUAGUAAUUGGAAUGCCCCUGAAGCGGUAACAACUGCGGCUGUGAUCUACUGCCUCCGCUGUCUGGUGGAUGUCGAUAUACCGUUGAAUCAAGGGUGCCUGGCUCCUGUGAAAAUCCAUAUUCCCGAGGGUUCUUUCCUUUCUCCAAGUGAUAAGGCUGCUGUGGUGGGUGGUAAUGUGCUCACAUCCCAGAGGGUAACUGAUGUUAUCUUAACUGCAUUCCAGGCAUGCGCCUGCUCCCAGGGAUGCAUGAAUAACCUGACCUUUGGGGAUGACACUUUUGGCUACUAUGAAACUAUUGGAGGUGGCAGUGGAGCAGGACCAAGCUGGGAUGGAACGAGUGGAGUUCAGUGUCACAUGACUAAUACUAGGAUGACUGAUCCUGAGAUUUUUGAGCAGCGGUACCCGGUUCUUCUGCACAGGUUUGCUAUUCGAGACAACAGUGGGGGCGACGGCUAUCAUAGAGGGGGUGAUGGCCUUGUCAGGGAAAUAGAGUUCCGACGGCCUGUUACAGUGAGCAUUCUCUCAGAGAGGCGAGUGCAUGCUCCAAGAGGAUUGAAGGGAGGAAGGGAUGGGGCUCGUGGGGCGAACUAUCUGAUCAGGAAAGACAAGCGAAAGGUGUAUCUUGGAGGUAAGAACACUGUCGAGGUGGAUGCAGGUGAGAUUCUUCAGAUUCUUACUCCUGGAGGUGGUGGGUUUGGCACUCCUCGUUGACAUCUUCUUUCAGCCUCUUGUCAUUCUCCUUUGCAUAUGUUUCAUCCUUUGCAGGCAGCAUAGCAUCCUCUUAUCAGGGAAUUUAUGGAAAAUAAAAUUAAAGUUUGUGAAGCAUUCAGGAAUUGAUUUCCUUACUGAAUAAAAGGCAUCAUUUUAAAAAAAAAUCCAUCAGUGAAAUGAAAAUAUGACCUUUUUCCUGUGUAA